AUGGCGGGUGAGGCAAGUGAGGAUGCUAGUGUUGGUUUGAGAGCGGGGACCGCUCCAGGUGGGGGUGGUGCUCCGGCUCAGGGUCGUGAUGACUUGGUGGUAGGUUUGCUGACGCAACUAGUCGCUCGUUUUCUGGCAGAGGUUCCACAAUGGGGCACCGGGAGUACCUCUAGUGGCAGAGGCGCAUCUUCAACAUGGUGCUGCAGAGGGCGUUCAGCCGAGGGCUGCGGGUUUUGGUGUGUCGCCUUAUCUGAAGAUUAUGGAGCACAUGCAGAGGAUUGGUACGUCGUUUUUUGA